GGGUCAUGCUCGACUCAAGAAAAUGGCAUUAACAUUUCCAGUGCUUCCAGUGAGCGAAAUCAUACUUAGUUUAGAAGAGUUGUGUGGCUUUCAACUAACAAGUCAACAUUUUUCUAAACCAGAUAGUUUAGUAUGGCAAGACCUGUAUAAGAAAAUGAUGAGUGAAAUAGUGGGACGAUCCUUGGAUGAAUGCAUGAUGGAGCCACUUCACCUUACCCCAGUGGAGCUGGAGUUUCCAGAGUUGUACACAGACACCCUCAAUGUGCUCACCCUCAUCAAUGCCAUGUCAAAAUUAAUGCCUCCAUUAUUUGUGGAUGACUUCAGCAGCAGAGACGUAUUGAUGCCCACAAGUUCUCGAUUAGAAAAACUUUGUAGUGCAAUCAUCAAUUUCCUCCGGUAUAAGAGUAGCAGAAUAUGCAUGUAUGAAGACAUGAAAGCUGAAGUGGAGGCAGAGCGAGAACACCAUGAGAGCUUGUUGAAGAGAAACGAGGAACUCAAACAAAAGAUCAACUCUAUACGCUCUGAGAGGGCAAAGCGAGAGCCAGAGAUUGAGAAGGUUCAGGACGAAAUUAGUCAGGUGUCAAAUCAGAUGAUGGAAAAUCAUAGAUCCAGGCAUGCUAUUGAGAAGAACAUUUCAGAUGUCAAGGCAAAAAUAUUGGAAAAGAAAGCCAAAGCGGACCAGCUCAAAUGUAAGAUUCUGAAGCAGAAGGAGGUAGAGGGCAUUCUCUCUCAGAAGAUUGUCACGUCUCCAGAGAAAGUUAUGGCUGAGCAAGGCGAGCUUCGACAACAGCUCGAGUCCCUGCGUGAAACUGAGGAUAGGAAGAAGAAUCGCUUUGUCGAGGUUGAUUCCCAGCGCAAGGAUCUCAAGCAGGUAGUGCAGAACUGUGAAAAGGGAAUACAGCUACUGGAGAUGAUACAUGCCUCUGUUGACAGGGAAACUGUGAUGGUCAAUCAGAUUCAAGUGAUUCUGGACCAAGUGCAAGAAGGUCGUGACAGACUGCAGGAAAUGGAGAGGAGAAAGGAGACGGUCUUUGAGAUGCUGCGUAAACGGCAAGAGAAGCUUGCCAAGAUGUCUCUGAUGCAUCAGAACAAGGUCAAGAUUCUACAGGAGCAGAUGGAGUCAUAUAAGCAAGACAAGGACAAGCUGGAGGCCCAGAAGAGCGUGGACAGUGAGAGGAAGACCAAGAUGCUGCAGGUGAAGAGCCAGGUGACGGAGAACGUUCGCAGGCUGCAGCGAGACAUGGAACAGAAGGUGGAGUCACUGAAGAACGCUUAUGGGCGGCUACUGGAACAGACUGAUUCUUUGAACGUGCUGUAUGCUAAGGAGUGGGAUGACAUACGGAAGCUUCUAAAGAACUGACUGAAGCCAAGAAGACCUAUGAAAUUAUAGCUAGACUAGCAGUUAAAAUUUUGAUUGACAUUGCAACUCGUGAAAAAUGCAUGUUAUGAGACAUACUGCUUCUAGUAUUUGGGAAACCUUUUGAACACUACCUGCUUAUUACAGUUUAGUUCUUGUAAACAUUUCUUAUCCCAUGUUUAUCUUUUUCGAUUGUCUAUCUGAGCUUAUAAAAAAAAAUAAUAAGCUUUUGAAUAUUUGAAUGGUUAUGAUAAUCUGUUGAAUUAAGAUUUGAUGUGUCACAUUGCAUAUAACUGAAUUACUGUAAAUAUAACAUGCUUCUUAAACCUUUGUCAUAUGUAAGAGGUCUUUGCCUUUUUUUUUAUUAGGUUCAUUUAUUUUGAAAUAAAACAUUCAACAUUUUUAAAAAGUGUAGCAUGUUUUUGUACAGGCCUUGGUAACUUACAGCAAUCAAUUAAUUAACUAUAUUCAUAUGAUGCAUUCACAACAGGUGUUAAAGAGACUUGUUCGCAGAUUUUGGCAUGUAUUGAAGUUUGUCAUGCUUUAAAUUAAUAAAAUGAAAACAUUGGAACUAAAAAGCUCCAGCACAAAUUAAAAAUUAAAUUAAAGAAAGAAAAAAAGUAAUCCUCAACUGGGCUCGGACCUCUGACCCUUGGAGUAUAAGUCACGCACUUAAACCAUUUGGUCAUCUGUGCCCACAUAGUGAAUGGGAUUUUUAUGCCCCAAAGGAGGGCAUAAAGUGAUCGCACUGUCUGUCCGUCACACUUUGCAUUUAGGUUUCGAAAAAUGCUCAUAAUUUCUGUCGCUUCAGAUGUAACCUUCAUAUUUGGUAUGCAUGCGUAUAGGGACAAGGCCUUUCCAAAGGCAGACACCUCUUGUUUACACUUUAUAUAAUCAAUCCUUAUGCUGUCACAAAGUAUAAAACGAUACCAACAGAACUUUAAAAAUUAUUUAAUUUUUUCGGGUUUGUAAUGCCUUAUAAUAUUCAGGUUUUUGAACUGACAAAAGAUGCAUAUGAUAGCUAUUUUAGAGCAUGGUGAAAGUUCAGUAUUACUGUUUCCAAGUAUCAUAACUAAACAAAAUUUGCAAAUCUGAAACAAUUUUGUUUAAUUGUGUCUAUUUACCAAAUCGUUAAAAGGUCCCUUUAAUUAAUUGUUUGUUGUAGGCAAUUUAAUUUUUUUUGUAAAUGUCCAAUGAAUGCAUUGGUGUAUCUUAAUUCGUUUGGAAUUGUCUAAUUACCGGUACUGCAUUUGAAUUUUCAAUGUUUAACAAGGCUUGUCUUGCCGUUCAUAUCUCUCUGUAUUCUUGUGUGUAUGUACAUGCUGUUUGACCAUAAGCUUUGUCCAAAACCAAGUUUAUGUUGCGUCAUUUUAUACAGUAUUCUCGAUUUUGAAAUAAAAUUAGUUUAGAUAAUAAUAAAACAUGCUCAUUAAAUAUUUAUCUAUAAA